UCAUGAGUCGAUUCAACUCCAGCAUGCUUCACAAUCUACUCAACGAACAGUGAUGUCGAUUCUCAGAACAUGUUUGCCCAAGAUUUUGUCACAUCGUAAUCGUUUGGUUUCGUCCCUUUCACCUCUUACCAUGCACUCCAAUUAUCUAUAUCUUCCUCCAGUACACUCCCUCACCCUCUAUGCCUCUCUUUCCACUUCUCAUACCCCUUCUUCAUACAAGCCUCAGUUUCCCUGGAAACCCAUGUGCUUGUACCACACUCAGGGAAAGUGCACCAAGAUGGAUGAUCCUAUCCACCUUGAGAGGUUUAAUCAUGAUUGCUGCAGGGAGCUUCAAGUGACUACUGCUGAGUUAAACAAAAUAAGCUCUCAGAAUCUAGACUUUUUCCUUGUGCUUGAUUUAGAGGGUAGGGUUGAGAUUCUUGAGUUUCCAGUUCUAAUGAUUAGUGCAAAAACAAUGCAAGUUGAAGACAUUUUCCACAGGUUUGUGAGGCCCUCAAAAAUGAGCGAACAAAGAAUAAAUGAAUACAUUGAAGGAAAGUAUGGAAAAUUUGGAGUUGAUAGAGUUUGGCAUGAUACAGCCAUACCAUUCAAGGAAGUUAUUCAACAAUUUGAAGCUUGGUUGAUGCAACAUCAGUUGUGGAUGGGUAGGGAACUUAAUCGUGCAGCAUUUGUAACUUGUGGAAAUUGGGAUUUGAAAACAAAGGUCCCUCAGCAAUGUGAAGUGUCAAAGAUAAAGCUUCCUCCAUAUUUCAUGGAAUGGAUUAAUCUCAAAGAUGUCUAUCUGAACUUUUAUAAUAGGAAGGCUACAGGAAUGGUUACCAUGAUGAAGGAACUACAAAUACCAUUGCUGGGAAGUCAUCAUCUUGGCAUUGAUGACACAAAGAACAUAGCUAGAGUACUGCAGCACAUGCUUGUUGAUGGUGCACUCAUCCAGAUUACAGCAAGGAGGAAUCCCAAGUCUCCUGCAGAUGUUAACUUUCUUUUUAAGAACCGUAUUAGAUAGCGGACUUCUCAAUGGAGCAUGAAACUUCAUUUCUAUCCUAAAGAAAAAAGCAGAUUUCUAGUGGUUUCUGCAUAUUGUGAGACUGGGAGUAGUGAUGCUUGCAUGACUUGUGUACACAUAAUUUUGCACUAGUAAGUAGUAGAAUUCCUCAAGAUGUGGGUGGCCUAAACAAUUUUAAUUUAGUUAAACUCAAAUAGGGUCACGUGGUUUAUCAUGUACAAUUGUAAAAGUAAUUGUGUAAGAAGCAUUAUUUUUUUAAA